GUUUGAAGCUAUUGACGCUAGCAACGUUUACAAAGUUCCUGAAUGAGUGAUUUAGAAUCUUUUGAUGAAGAUAGCUUAAUUGAGAAUAAAAUUGAUCAUGAAACUAGAUAUGGAGAAAAAACACAGAACAAAAAUGUCAACUGUAUAAUGAAUAAUGACAUCGUCAACAAUAAUCAUGAUAUCAAUGGUGACAAUAUAAUUUACUACAAUCAUGUUGAAAAUGAAGCAGUUGAUGUACCGAUAAAAGAAUGUAAAUCAUCUGAUUUAAACCCAUCAGUUAUUCAUAAUUAUGAAAAAUUUGAAGAAUCUUUAACAUCUGAGUCAGUUCCACCAUUAAAUUUGCUCUCUGAAGAGAGCAGUAUUAUUGAAGCUACUGAAUCAUGUAAAAAAGCAUUUAAUAUUGACUUGAGAGCUGAAAGUAUGACAUCUAAUUCAUCAGAAAAUUCUCUUGAAGAGUCACGAGGUGAAAUUAUUCCAACUCAAUGGAAUCAAUGUAGUCAAAAGUUAAAGAAAUUACAGUUGGAUAAAAUUAAUCCCAAUAGAUCUACCAAGAGUACUAUGUGUGGAUCGAAUAAUAACUAUCAGUAUGGUGAACCCAUCAUCCUUGGUGAAGAUAUUAUUGGCCAUGAACUAGUUGUUAAAAAUAAGCUAAAAACCAAACUGAAUUUUAUUGCUUCCAACAAAAUGAACAUUCAUCAAGGAGGUGUUAAAAGUUGUCCCGUAACAUACGGUCAACUUCAUAAGGUGAAAUCACAAUAUAAUUCUGGAUCAGCAAAAUGUUUAACAAAUAAUCAAUUUCUACUUAGUCCAAAUUUGAAAAUUACCAAACGUCAUAGAGAAUAUUUUCAGUCGGAUCCUGUUUUAUGCUCUAAUAGACAAUUAAUAAAUAAUAAAGAAAACUAUAUAAAUGAAUCACAAUGGAAUGGGAAUAAUCUGUCACAAUUAACAUCAUCACCAUCAAUAUUAUCAUCACCAACAUCUUAUAAACAAAUAACACCUAAAAUAAAUCAACCACUUUUUCCAGCUUGGUCUGCAUAUUCAAAUAAAUUAUACACAUUACGCAAUACAAAAAACAGUCCUGUAAGAGAAAAUGACGCAGUAAAUCAACCUAUUGAAUCUUACUGGGAAAUCCAACCAACUUACAGUUCAUAUGAACAAUUAAAUGGAUAUAGUCUAAGUGGCAAUACUCAAAUAGAAAGUAGUAGAAAAGAGAUCAGUUACAAUUCCUACCCAACUUCAGCAUCUGGUGUAUUUCGAAUGGGUAUAUUGCAGCAGGCAGAACUAGCUAAAGCUCAUAAGCAAUUUUGUCACAAGUAUUAUUCAUCACCUCCCAUGGAACUGGAAACCAAAACACGUUUGCACACAUUAUGUUCACCAAACGUAAAUACUCACAAAACCGCGCAACCAUGUUUCAACAACAGUAACAGUAAUUCACUUACUUCAGGAAACUCUAGCCAGCGGAAACCUUUAAUGCUAUCACAACAACGAUAUACACUCAAAGACUAUAGUUUAUUGCCAUCAAUCAACUCAAAAUCACGUGGAUUAGGUCCUGAUAUAGAUAAUGAAGAGUAUCGUCAGAAGCUUGCUCGAAAACUCCGACAAAAUGUUUAUGCAGAGCACAUAAGAAAGUGUAAAGAAAAAUCUAAUGCUAGAGUUUUACACUCAGAAAACAAUAUUAUUGGUUGUACUGAUUCUCAUAAUGAAACUUCGAAUUCCUCACCUGGUGACAAAAAUUACAGUAAUAAAGAAAAUGAAGAAAAGUUUGAACCAGAUGCUAACAAAUGUUCAAAUCCAAAUCUAACCCAAGCUACACAAAACAAAUCUGAAAAUCUAAGUGAUGAUAAGUCGAAAGAUAAACACAAUACUUUGCUUUGUUCACCGCACCAAAUAUCUUUAUCAAGUCAUCAAACUUUUAAAAAUGGUACAAAUCUGGAAUCUAAAACUGGGACUGCGAGAAAUCCACCAGAAAUAUCAAAAGAGGAGAUGAAUAAGCAAAAGGCAGCAGAAAAACGUUUAGCUAUGUUAAAUUAUGCAAAACAUGUUACUCAAGUUUAUUCAAACCAUCGUCGAAUUCACACAAAUAAACAGAAACAGGAAAAUGAUAGGAAUUUGAAAAAGUCUAAUGAUUACAAAUUAUGGUCAAAAUCUGAUGCAGAACUAUUAGAAAUGUUACGUAGACAUGAUGAAGAUAGGAAGCGUUUUGAAGAGAUUCAAAAGACUUUAAGAGUCAAGAUAUGAAUUUUUUUAUAGAUUUUGUAAUUUUAUUCUUUUCUUUCUUCUUCGAAAUAAUUUGUCUUUCAUAUUUUAGAAAUUAUGUAUGAAUUCUAAUUUAUAAUUUCCUAUUUGUUUAGGUUAGUGAAUUGAUUUUUCUGUAAGAAAAAUAAACAAUAUUACGUAAUUCAACAAUAAUGACAAUGAUUGUAAUGUAUAUUAAAAUCUUUUUAUAAUUAAAAGAAAAUACUUUGAUGCAACGAAAGAGACCCAUUGUGUCAUUGAAGAAGAAAGAGGGCCAUUCAGUGAAGAAUAUUUGCCUUUCGACGAUUUUAUUUAUUUAAGAUGUAC